GUUUUUUUUUUAAGUGAGAUAUUUAAAUGUGUAGUGUCAGUCGGUUCCAUCAGCUGUCAUCAUGUCAAAAUUGUUUGUAAAUUUGUUUUUUUUUAUCACAUAAGUGGAUUCGUCUAUACAGUUGCAAGUAGCUGAGCAGAAAAUGCGUAACAAAGAGUUUCAUACAUAGACAAUCGCAGUCUCACCAUCGUCAAAAACAUCAUCAAUCGGACAAGCAAUCAAUCAUCAGGAUGGCACAUAAGGAGUCACCAGCUCAUCUCAAACGUUUGCGACAAAUGUUGCAGCAGUUUGACCAUCAUGGCGACGGCAAGAUUGAACUAUCGCAAUUGGGCGACUGCAUAAGAGUGCUGGGCGCCAAUCCCAGCGAGAAGAGCAUACGACAACAUGUGAGAAAGUUGCGUGCUAGCCACCUGGAACGUGUUCCCUUCGACGAGGUCAUGUCGAUCUAUGAGAGCAUCGUCGCCGCAGCUGGCGCUGCAGCUAAGCGAAAUGGUCCAGGCACGGUAGCCGAACAGCUAAUAUACGGCUUGCGAUUCUUCGAUGAGCACAAUACUGGCUAUAUACCAGCGGCCAGGCUGGCACGUGUGCUGACCAACUGCGGCGAGCGUCUAACCAAUGAGGAGAUGAAGGAGCUGUUAGCCGGUCGCGUCAAUGAUCUGGGCUUGGUCAACUAUGUUGAAUUCAUCCAUGCCAUCACAACAUCCAAAUAGAAGCCGAUAUUAUUUAAUGUAUUCAUAUAAUUAUUACAAAAAUGCAAUAGCCAGGAAAUACAAUUGAACCGAACUAACUAAAACUAAAGUUUAAAGCGCGAUUCAGUGAAGUAGGUGAAGUUAAACGAGGAGAGCCAACAAGAGCAAUAGAAAAAGAAUAUUUA